UAUUCUACCUUUGAGAUCAACUGAAGUUACGGUGCUGCAAUUGUCAUCGGAAGGUAGCCGAGGGACUAUGUUAUGGAAUCGAUUCAUUUGGCUCUUGCUGAUGUUCCCGAGAAUCACUGACUCCAAGGUCACAGUCAAGCAAACCCCGGCCUGGAUUAACGUUGCCAUAGGUGACACAUUGAAUCUACACUGCAAAUUUAGUGUGGAUGCCACCCAUUCAGAAAACACGCUGGUUGGUGCCUACACAUGGUACAAAGAUCGCAAGAUGUGUAAUGUUUGUAACAACUGCACAGGAUAUAUCGGACGUGUCCAAGAAGCAGGCAAAUCUGCCUUCCUCAACUUGAAACUAGCAUCUAUAUCAAUAACCAGGAUGAAACUGAACGAUACAGGAACUUAUUACUGCCAGGUCAAAGUCUUGAACUGUGGGCUCGGAACUGGAGAAGGCACAAGAGUCACAGUAAAUGCUCAUAUUGAUUCUGAAGAAACACCAUCUCCAUAUCAGUGGAACACCAAUCUGCUUAUAUUUUCAGUGGUGGUCCUGGUGCCGGUCGCUUUAAUCAUAAUCAAAAUGUUCUCUACUCGGCACAGUAGCAGACCUCCUUAUAAUGGAACUAGAGAGCAAGUUGCAAAUGAGCUAUGUAUAACUGAAGCCUCCAGACUGAAAAAUCUGGAUCAAGACUUAUCGGAUAGCACGAUUUAUGCCAAGUUAAAUAUCAGUCGCUCAGACACCCACCACCGUCCUCCCGAUCAGGCUGCGUGCACAAAGUUGCAUGUGCUCAGUGAAAACCCAGCAGUGAGUGAGUCGGCGCCAUUUCCAAAACGUAAUGAAGAAUCGGUUGUGUAUUCGGCACCGAGUCAACCGGCUCAGAGUCUGGCUGGGGUUCGGUUCGAUCCUUUACCGACUGCCACGAGGAAGGACGAGCAGAUCGUGUAUGCAACAGUGCGCUUGUAGUGCUUAUGGACCUUGCAUUUUCUAAUGAGUGAAUCAUUGUCGUUUUAAACUAAGCUUAGUGAUGAGUGUAGCGUUUGACGGAUUCAACUUCCCAUUUUUCUCAUGCGCAGACCUUACUAUCGAUGAUUUUUUUUUACGCCCAUCCAACUAUGGUAAACGUUCUUAUGGGAAAACCUUAAUUAUUCAAUGUAAAACAAAAUAUGACAGCAUUUUAGUGACAUGAGCGCUUCAUAUUGUUCCAAUAACUUCACCUGAACAAGUUCCAAGAAUCAAGCACUGCUGUUAAAUGUAAUUCUCUUGAUUUCCUCUCUGAAUUAAAUUUGUUACAUUUAUUCUUU